AUGGCAGUUCAGGACUCCCUCUCGCUCUCUCCUGGUGACAGCUACCUUGCAGAACUGUUGCGCGUCGAUGGGCGUACAUGCGUCAACCUUCCCGAACUUUUCCAACACCUCUCAACAUUUCCCAAAGAAGUAAAAGGGGAAGUUUUUCAAGAAAAGGUGGACUUACUCGCUAUUGCACACGGAAAAAUGGAUGAAGUUUCGGAAUCUUUUGUUCAGUUCAAAGAGAGGAAUCCUGAUAUGGCUCCAUACAUUGUUGAGGAUUCAGAAUCGUGGAUCAAAGUCAAGAAUGCGGCAGUGCGUGCCACCGCGGCGCGUAGUCAGGCACUGGAGGCGCAGAGAUUUGUAUUUGCAACAUGGGGAGAAGCGGCGGUCCGUCGAGAUUUCGCACAUCUGCUGACGGCAGGGGAUACUACAUGGUCGCGUCUUCGCAAACUUUGUCGCAAACAGCCGGAUUACAACACUGCCAUCGGCUUGAUACGCAGAGCAAUCUUCUGGCGAUUGUCAAAUCCAUCUCCUGGUCGAUCCCGCGACAUGCUGCCGAUGAGCAAGGACUUUGAACGUGUGACGAGCGGACAAGCUAAUACCAUUAUCACGCGGAAUGAACUGCUGAGUGGUGGAUACAAUGUUGCUGCCAAUGGAUGGCUUGUGCCUGUGGGUGCCAUCACGGAUAUUCAAGAGCAGGCUGAGACACAAUCACGAGGCACGAGGGAUGGUGAAGAGGAAGCAGAUGAGCCGCCAUUCAAUCGCACCCCGGGGGUGCGAUUAACCAGGUCACGUGCAGCGCUUCUGGCGUUGUCAGAGAGCAACGAAUCAGCCACAACGAGCAAGUCGCAUCAUUCUGUAAAUCUCUCCGGCAUCGAGAACGAAGAUGAAACGUCCACAGAUAACACUGCAGUUGCCAGGAAGAAGAGGAAGUUGAGACAUGUGGAUGACGGUGAAUUUGUUCCUGAAGAAACCACGGAUAGACAUGUGUGUGGGUGUGAUGCGGACAUUUCAAAAGGCCUCUUGAGCAGGCUGAGGAGUAGGAAAACCUACGAUGCAUUCGAGCAGACGAACCUCAUGAAAGCGUGGCAUAGGGCAAAAGACAAGACAUUCUGCUAUGGGCAUCUGCGCAAUCUUGCAGCAAUUGUCGGCUUCCGAGUAAAGUCGCUGAACUUUGAUUUAUUGCAUACUCGGCUGGGACAAUACUAUGAACACAUGGUUACUGGAACUCUUGGUGCGUGGAAAACCCACAGGGACACAUACGCAUUCUUCAGGAUGGAAGCUCGCCCUCCUCGCCCUUCUGACAAGCUUGGACCUUACAAGUUUGCACCGCGAGCAUUGCCUCCUUUAUCCAUCACCGCGAAGAACCAGCAGGAACUUUGCGCGUAUUUGGGAAUCGACAAAGCGGAAUGGGACACGAAUGGCUCGGUUGUUGUUGAUUGCUUUGGUUGGUGGAGAACAAUGCAGUACAGUGGUUGCGGAUCUCCUGCCUGCCGUACUGUCAUGGAAGUGAUCAACCAUGAGUUCGACAUGUAUAAAUUUCACUUGCGUGAGAUUAAUGGGCGGCCUAACUAUGGAUGGUUACGGAACAUGUUUUUCAGCCUUGGCCAGCAAGCCAUGCGUCAAGAUCCGGUCUACUAUAUGAUGUAUGUUGCACUUCGAGCUGAUCGCAACGUCAACUUGGUCUCAUACCCAUACUACGCGAAGUAUCAGAAGCCUGGGGACAAAACUGCAUUCAAGCAUAUUGACAUCAACAUGAAGAAUCUUGCUAAGUCAGAGAGAGGAGCAUACCAGAUUCAAGGCGCUGUGUCGCUUGAUGACGAGGAGUCAGAUGACUGUACGAUCAUCCUUCCUAAGAUGCAUCGACGAUUUCAGGAGUGGGAAGCUCUUCUGGCCGAACGUGGCUUGAGUACUGACACCUUUGUGCAUCGCAUUGAGAAAGAGCAUUUUACUAAGGACGACGUCAUCAAGUUUAACACUAACUGGACAGCACAGCCUUGCAAGUCAACACAGGUACGAAUCACGCAACCACAUCUUCCGCAUGGUGCAAAAGGUCCUGCCGUACGUGUUCGACGUACGAUGUUGCCUUGGUUUGUUGCGUUGCAAGGAGACCUGGAGAUAUUGGAGGUCACAGAGAGCGGAACGUUCACGGAUCUGUCGAUCGCACACCGAGACCAUGUUGCAGCAAAGAAUUCGCCUUCCGGACUUGCCAAUCGAUACGGUGUCAUCCCAACCGCCUUUCCCGCCUCGGUCAUGCUGAAUGGGCUUGGUCCUCUUUCCGACUCAAUCGUGUGUCAGCUACGUCAUGACAAGCCUACAGUCAUUCAAGACAAGCGCCUUCUUCUUUUGGGCACAGUUGAGGAACGAUGGGCCUAUAUCUGUGCAUGGCGGCAAAACUGCGUCAACAGAGUGUGUGAACUGUUCGAUCAGGUGGUAAAUGAGGAGAAGGCACAUUUUGGUAUGCGGUCAUACUUCUACCUCAAAGAUAUAGGCCGCGAACAUGAGCCCUUUAGUCCUGAUGAGGAUCCUGCUGAGGAGAGCCCCAAGACGGUGGGUGUCAUACAUGGUUUUGAGGGUGCCGAAGCAAGCGAGGAAAGCUCCGAGUCUGAGUAG